GAUCCCAUUCCACUCACACCACGAGUAGCUGCCAAGGCAAGAAGUACAACCAAGCUAGCCAGCUAGUAGCACGAAUCGAAGAUAGGGAGCGGCGGCGACGACACGACGAGGCGGCCACUAGUAAUGGCGGCACCGGCGCCGAGGAACGUGAGCGUGGCGGAGCGGGCGCUGCGCGGGGUGGCGGACCUGAUCAAGCUUCUGCCGAGCGGCACGGUGUUCAUGUUCCAGUUCCUCAGCCCGCUCGUCACCAACAACGGCCACUGCGCCGCCUACAACAAGGUCCUCAGCGGCGCGCUCGUGGCGCUCUGCGGCGGCUUCUGCGCCUUCUCCUCCUUCACCGACAGCUACGUCGGCUCCGACGGCAGGGUCUACUACGGCGUCGUCACGCGCCGCGGGAUGCGCACCUUCUCCGUCGACCCGGACGCAUCCAACGGGAGGGACCUGUCCGGGUACCGCCUCCGCGCCGGCGACUUCGUGCACGCGGCGCUGUCGCUCUUGGUCUUCGCCACCCUCGCGCUGCUGGACAGGGACACGGUCUCGUGCCUCUACCCGGCCAUGGAGGCCAGCGAGAGGACCAUCAUGGCCGUCAUGCCGCCCGUCGUCGGCGGCGUCGCCAGCUACGCCUUCAUGAUGUUCCCGAACAACCGCCACGGCAUCGGCUACCAGCCCACGCGCGCAACCGAGGACUUCGAGCACAAGCACUAGCUGAUUCAUGGCGUCGCAUCAAUCGAUUAUUACGUCCAUCUUUCUGCAGUGUGAGAGUGUGUGGGUAGUUUGGAGUUUGGUCAAUUCAUUGGGUACGAAGACUCGAGUCAAAGUGUGGAGUCGUGCGUCUCCUUUCUGUUUGAGUGACGUGUCACCUUGUCCUGCUUAUUUAAUUUGUCCAAGUUUGCCUGC